CCAACUGUGUCUACUGGGGUUUCUCAGAAAUGGUUCCUCUUAAGGCCUUAAAUAGUGGGUUUCUGGUGAACGGAGAUUUAAAGAUUGUUGCCGAAGUUAAGGUUCUUGAAUUUAUUGGGAAAUUAGAUGUGCCUUGCCGUCCUCUGAAAAAAAUAAAGCCAAAUCAUCAUGGCGCUGAAACCUUGUCAGUUGUCGAUGGGGUUCAAGUUCUUCCUUCACAGUUCCUACAUGUGAAAAGGAUAUUUAGAAAACAUCCAGACAUUGAAUUAGAGUUCCGUUCGAAGAACCCGCAUUUGAGGACAGGGUACAUGAAUGUCCUUCUCAGCAUAACCAAGAAGCUAUGCCAAUCUCCUCAAGACCUCUCCAAUGAUGAUCUGUCUGAUACAGGCAUUGCACUGGCAUACAUGAAAGAUGCAGGGUUUAAGAUGGAUUGGUUGGAGAAGAAAGUGGAGGAAGUAAAGGAAAAGAAGAAGAAAGUGGAGGCUUCUUUGGCUCGGCUGCAUGAAAUGGAGGAAUCGCUUAAGCCAUUAAAGCAGAAGUGCUUAGAACAGGAAGCUCAGAUAGAUAAGGAGAAGGCAGAGUUGUUGGCUGAAAAAGCUCCUUUCUCGUUGGAUCACUUAAGUUUCUAG